AAGAAGAAGAAGAAGAAGAAGAAGAAGAAGAAGAAGAAGAGAGAGAGGCUGGUGAACGUUUGGGUCAACAACGGGAGAGGUGGGGGGUUUUCUUCUUUCCGUGGUGUGGGUUCGUCUUGGAUCUGGCCCGGGCGAGGGACCGCAGGCCGAAUCGUACGUGGACUCUGACAGCCGACCUUUCGCCAUGACGUUAAGCUUCUCGUCGUUCUCCAUCAACGCCAUCCUCAGAGGGAGUGCGGAUGCUGGGGGGAUGCCCGUCCCGCCCAGCCCGCCACCUGGGCACGGAGGGGGGAAGGACCAAGAGAGCGGCGCGACGGUUCUCGUUUUGCCUCGUCCGGACGUGGGAAACGACCCCGUCCGCGUGAGAAGAGGAGGUCCUCCUGACUCCGGUUUAUCUGCCGAACCUCGACCAGAGUCCCACAGACAAGAGGAGAGAGAGAGAGAAGACCGGGAGGAAAAGCCGCUCCGCUGCCCGAAGACGAGCACGCGCCGCGGGAACGACGAAGACGAGGCGGAGGAGGAAGAGGAGGAGGAGGAGGAAGACGAGGCCGGCGACCAGCGCUCCCGACCCGGCGGCAAGAAGCGCUCCAGGGCGGCCUUCACGCAUGCUCAGGUGCAGGAGCUGGAGCGCCGCUUCGAGGCGCAGCGCUACCUGUCCGGCCCGGAGCGGGCGGACUUGGCCGGGGCUCUGAAGCUCACCGAGACCCAAGUCAAGAUCUGGUUUCAGAACCGGAGAUAUAAGACGAAACGCCGCCAAAUGGGCGCCGAGUUCGUCGCCUUCAGCUCGCCCCCGGGGAAGAAGGUGGCGGUGACGGUGCUGGUGAGGGACAGCCGGAAGCAGCAGCAGCAGCAGCGCGCGAGCGACGCGGUGCCCUUCCCCUUAGCGAACGUGCCGCUGUACUGCCAGUACCACCCCCACCUCUGCUGCCUCCAGCCCGUCCCGAACCGCACGCUGUGCGCAUGGAUGCAUUAAGACACUCUUCAGAAGACCCCGCGUCCCUUCGGCACCGCAUGGCCGUGUGAGCCAGCCCUUCCUGCUCGUCUGUCGUGAUGAAAACCGCUUCACACGCCGGGACUCGGCCCCGCGGACACACCCGAAUCCAGACCACAUCGCUGCGAAUGGCGAUGUGGUCUGGGGGCUACAGAGCGCUGCUGGAUGACGUUGGAGCCCCCCCAAAACGAAGCACAUGUUAACCAUACCGGGCACUCUGGAGUUGAAAUGAAGCGCACACACACACACACACACACACACAUAUAUAUAUAUAUAUAUAUCCCGGGGUAGUCCAACCUUGGGGGUCGUCCCGGGUCGUCCUCUGUGUGGAGUUUGCAGGUUCUCCCCGUGUCUGUGUGGGUUUCCUCCGGGGGCUCCGGUUUCCUCCCACAGUCCAAAGACAUGUAGGUCAGGUGAAUCGGCCACACUAAAUUGUCCCUAGGUGUGUGUGUGUGUGUGUGUGUGUGUGUGUGUGUGUGUGUGUGUGUGUGUGUGUGUGUGUGUGUGUGUGUGUGUGGAUCCUGUGAUGGUCUGGCGGUCUGUCCAGGGUGUCUCCCCCAUCGCCGCCCCAUGACUGCUGGGAUAGUCUCCAAGCAUCCCACGAUCCGAAUUCAGAUAAUGGAGAUGUGUAUAUGUAUAUGUAUAUAUGUAUAUCGUGUUGACGUUUGACUUUUUCACCAUUGUGUUGGAGACGAUUUCUCAUAUCAAGAAUACUCCCACACACACACACACAUCCUGUGUAUAAGUAUAU